AUGGCAUUUACCGGUGGUCGAUUUCGGGAGCUAUUGAAGAAGUACGGAAAGGUGGCAUUGGGUGUACACUUUUCAGUCUCAGCAGCCUCAAUCACAGGUCUCUAUGUCGCCGUCAAUAACAACGUCGACGUCGAGUCCAUACUCGAAAAAGUAGGCGUACGAGGCGUCUCUAAUACCAAUCCCAAAGAAGAAGAAGCAAAAACUCCUACACUGCCACAAACAAACUCCGAAACGAUCGAUGGGUUCGUUCUGGAAGAACCAGUACCAGUGCCUAAUCAAGAGGUUAUGGUUCCGAUGGAGAAGAAGAAGAAUCGAACCGCUGAGUUGGCUGCUUCGAGUGGUGGAGCCCUCGCUUUGGCGGUGUUAUUGAAUAAGGCUCUAUUUCCGGUGAGGGUUCCAAUUACGGUCGCACUUACGCCUCCGAUCGCGAGGUUCUUGGCAAGACGCCGCAUUAUCAAUAACAGUGACACAUGGUCUCUAGGAGGAUGGCUAGUAGUAGAGCUGCUGAAGGAACAAGCAGCCAAGAAGCUGACCGAAUCUGUUGAAAUUCAAUACCUUGAGUAA